ACGUGUAGAACGGAUCUUCUUCACUUCCGGUUUUCCGGUGUUGUUUACACAGCUUUAUACCGUAUGUGAACAGUGCUGCAAUUUCAGCCAAAGACGUCGAGUGCAAUUUUCCUUUUUCUUCACAAAAACAGCAUGAUAUAAUCUUUCAUGAGUACCACAUACGACACAGAAAAUCCUGCAACAUAAGGUUCAAACAUGGACGCGGAAGCUGCCCUAUUGGAGGAGUCGCCGACCAUGUCGACGAUCUCUUGUUCAGAUUCGGAGCAAACGUAUCCGGAAACGGAGAUGCCAUAUUCACCAGAUUCAUCAAUAAUCAUCGCCCCAAUGUAUAAGAAAAUAAGAGAAGAGGAACUCACACCCAGACCGAUCCCCAGACAUUCAACCCCACCUAGAAAACCAAAAUUUAGUAUACGACCGCCUUAUCUCAUGAUUUUCAUCAGUAUCAUUGAGAUAAUAGUCCACUGCAUGGUGGAUAACACAAUACGAAGGUGGUUGGUGUACGAUCCACGACAAAGGGUACAAGGAUGGAGGUUCGCUUCAUACAUGCUGCUACACUCAGAUGCUCUUCACCUCACACUGAAUGUGGUCAUUCAGCUGGUACUGGCCAUACCACUCGAGGUAGAGCAGGGUCGUCUAGCUGUGGCUGUAAUUUAUUUAUGGGGUGGAGUAUGUGGGGCGCUUGGUGCCUCUCUUCUUCAACCAAAUCUUUAUCUUCUUGGUUCUUCCGCUGGUGUCUAUGCAUUGCUCACCAGCCAUCUUGCACACCUUUACUUAUGCCAUGGCGAGCUUCGUUACGCGGGUUGGCGCCUCGUAGCAGUUCUACUUCUUGCUGGCGCCGACGUAGCCUCUCUCCCAGUUCCGGCUCUUCUUGGAUGUGGUCGAGUUGGUUGGGCGGCCCACGUUGCUGGGGCUCUUGCUGGGCCUCUUUUGGGACUUGCGGUAUUUCCCAAUCAAAGUAAAAAGGACUCCCGAGGUAGGCGAUUUGUACGCUUUGUCAGAUUUGUUUCCGGCAUCAGCGUCGCUCUUCUAGUCAUUGGGGCAAUAUUGGGAAACAUUUACCUCAUAGCUCUGCCCCAGUUGAGGAAGCCCUCUUGACAAAGAAUCGAAAUGCUUGUA